CUCAUCAGAUGUCGUGAAGAGCGCAACAGCGCAACCCACGUAGCUUUCUCGAAUCGACUACGAGCUACACCUUCGACAUUUUGCAAGCCCAAAUAAUCAUCUGCCUUCGACUGACCUCAGAAUCGAUCAUGCCGGACUGGGUUGACGAGAAGAUUGCAGCCGAAGAUAAGGCCAAUGAGGCGGCAUCGAACGAGAAACAACGCGAAGCGUCGCCUCCACCGCUUUACGGAGCCACGCCGACAGGAGCGUCGACUUCGAGCAUCUCACCAUCAAAUCAGCAAUUUCCGGUCCCAUCAGUGAGAGACGCAGCAGCACCAGCAACGACUUUUGCACCUCCUCCCGGACCACCACCUGGAUUUGCUGCGCCGAACUACGAGCCCUUUGACUUUCGCGCGGCGUGGUCCGCAAAUCAGCCGAAUGGCAAAGCUCAAUACUCUGCACCGAACUGGCACAAAGUGCCCACUUACGAAGUUCACAUGCACCGAGACUUGAUUGAAUUUCAGGUGCCACCUCCUCCACCUCGUAGCGUGCCUUGCUCGUGUCCGGCCCAAGGUGACUUGAGUAGGUGCGGCUGCGGCCGGACCAUGGACCCGCUGUAUCGAUGUGAACCUCGGGACAACAAAGGCGGCAGAAGCUUCAUGCUUUCUACUGCCAACGAGAAUCCUGACUUGCCAUACGAUGCGAGUCUCAUUGCUAGUAAAUCGCUGCUAGGCAGCAAGCUAGAAGUCAAGGCCUCCAACGGGGAGAAGACUGGAGUAGUCAUCAGAACCAAGCAAGCACAGUCUGCAGUGACGUUCAACGACCACGAAGGUCGAGAUCUCGAAUGGGUCUCGCUGCCGGCAAGGCACGAAUUGAUUCGGAAGCAAGAUCAAGCCUUGAUUGCCGUGCUGCACGGUGCAGAUGCUGCUGGCCAAGACGCGCUGCCAUCGCGCCGCACCACCGCCAAGCUAGAGUUGACGGCUUUUGCUUGGUCGAGGAUGCCGCAAGAUGGCUUGUAUUGCGAUGUGGACGGUUGUCCAUUGAAUCCCAUCUUUGGAUUCGUCUUUCGAUGUCAGAGUUGCUCGGACGCCAAUCUGGCUGUGGACGACACCUUCGACGUGUGCGAGGCGCAUUUGCGACAAGCCGCUAGCGAACACAAUCCGAACCAUCGAUUUGUGCGCAUUCCGCGGAUCUAUGCUCCUCCAGACUCGGAGGAUGAGCCUCUGCUGUCGCUCGAUCAGCUCCUUGCUGAGCGCAAGCAGCUCGAGGUCGUGCUGCUGACUUUGGGCGUGGCGCUCUUGCAAAAGUUCUGAAAGAACCAUCCACAUUCUGUGGCCUCCUCCUUGUCACACCUCUACCGUACAUAGCCAUUCUGAUUGCGACCUGUCCGCGCGAAUCUCAAAGUCGGCUUUUCGAGCCAUUCCGGCACUCUGUCCGCCCCAAAGACGUCUGCUGUCACGUCUCACCACACUUGUAGGCACUGCGAGUCUCAAACGGGGAACUGUCUUCGCUAGCAUUGAGAGCAUGCCCGUAUUCCGAGAUACCUGCAGAAGCGGUCUG